ACAUUCUCGCACAUUUUCCCGAGAAGACCGAAUAUUACAAUUGACAUCUUUCAUUCCUAAAUAUCAACUGAAAUCUUGAAACUUUAGUUGAAGAAUUAAAAUCGUUAAAAUUAUUGAUGCCGAUUUAAGAUCAGGAUAGCGUCGAAUAUCUUAAGUUGAACAGUAUUCGAUAGAUGCAGGCCAUCGAUCGAAUUCCAUUCACUAUGUGCAAUCACGUUACUACAAAGUAAUGAUAGUAGUUGCACAAUGCAAUAAAAUUCAUGAUUUCAUUGUGCUUAGAAACCUCUAGUCUCUACGAAGUUUUUAGACAUUUAGUCUGGUCACGCACUAGGUGACUCGAAUUGCACGAUUGCCGAAGCGUUUGUUCACAAAACACUGUACACGGUAAAAGCGUCAAAUAUCGAUUUACAAAUGUAACCAAAUUUAUCGUUCUUCGAUCGGUCUUCCGGUCUCCAUUGAAAAAAUGUCUUCGAUAGCGUACCGCCAUUACGUCAUGUCUCUGAAUUAACUAUGCACGUUUUUACCUGCGAAUCUUAAAAGACAACGGGCAAACAAUUUCAUUACGAGCUCGAGAAAGUGUGAAAGGUCUCCACGCCACGGAAGCCUUGCGGUCGCGCGGAUGAAAGUGGAAUCGGCGGAAAUGCUCGCAAGCCCCGUGACGGAACAAUCGAACCGUGGAUAUUUAAGUGUCACCGGUUGCGACGUGGUCAUCAGUCGGAUGGUCGCAUCGAAACCGGAUCGAGAUGCUGCGUGUCGCGUUUCCUGCCGCUAUUCUGCUAUUCUUGCUUCAACAGACAUGUCUCGCUCGGGAAUUGAGCUCCAUUCGCGAUCGUCGAGAUGUCCAAACGGAAGACAGCGACGCGUUACGAUCGGUAGUCUCUGUCAGUCCAGUUCCAAGCUUAAACGUGGACGAAUCGAAGCAGGAUCUCGCCACAGCUGCCUCUGGCCAUCAAGGUCAUCAUCACGAGUCUGGAGGAGGACAGAGUCAUCACGCUGAUCAUCACGAAGAACAUGGCGAGGAAGGUGAGAAGGGAUACAAGAGUCAUCAUCAUCACGAUAAGAGUGACAAAGGUGAGCACGAUAAACAUCAUCAUUCCGGUCAUCACGAAGAGCACGGUGGCCAGAAGAAAGGACACCAUGAUGAACACGAGAAAUACGGAGAACAUCACGAGGGUGAGAAAGGACACAAGGGUGGAAAGUUUGGAGAGAAAAAGGGUCACAAGAAAGGUCACAAGACGAAAGGGUAUCAUAACAAGUUUCACAAGGACGAAUAUCAUAAAGAACAUAAGUUUUACGAUGAUUAUCAUAAGGGUGGCCAUCAUAAGAAGCACGGUGACUUUUAUGGACACCAUGAGAAGAAGGAAGGAGAGCAUAAGAAAGGUGGUCAUCAGCAUGCUGGGUAUCACGAGGAUCAUCAUGGUAAGAAGGGUCAUCAUGAUAAGGGUCACCUGGACGAGGAACAUAAAGGUCAUCAUGGGAAACAAGGACAAGAUGAACAUUAUAGCCAUCAUGAUUCUUAUGGAAAGAAGGGUGACCAGCAUUCUGGGAAGAAAUACGGAUACAGCAAAGGACACAAAGGUUAAAAGAUGUAACGCUCUGAGUUGAAUGACGGUUCUGGAUACUUUUGUUCGAAGAAUUUCGUUGUUCUGUUUCUAGCUUACAAUUAAAACUGUAUGUUUGUUAUACUGUAUUGUUGUGAAUUGAUGAUUGAGAAACUGCGAUUGGCGUUGCUUCGCGUUUCACCGAAUUGUUAUUACUUUGUUAACAAAGAGAAAUAAUAAAUUAAUAUUUUUAUACAACGUCCCAAUGUAUUUACUAAAAUAAUUUCGUCCCAAGAUGUUUGUCAGCUAAAUAUUCAGAUUAGUAGAGUUGUUUCUUGAAAAAUUACGUCAAGA